AUGCUAGAGACCACGCUCCUUGAUAGAGCGCGGGGGCAUGGCGCCAUGUCCGCAUCCACUGUGGCCGGCUGGAUCGGUCUGAUCUGGUAUAUCAUCGUCUCAGUUGUGUGUGCUCUGGGUUACUUUCAGAUAUGGAAACACUUUCUACGACAGCCGCGUCGCUCCCGCUUGACCUCCGCUGCUGACGCUCCUCACGUCACUGCCAUUCGACCAGUUAAGGGUCUCGAGCCCCAUCUCUACGACUGCCUUGCCGCUACGUUUCGUCAAGACUACCCGCGUGACAAAUUGACGAUCUGCCUGUGUGUGUCUACGCGCGACGACCCCGCCUACCCUACCCUCCGCAAGCUGAUCGCCGAUUUUCCCGAUGUCGACGCGCGAUUGUAUGUUGAAAAUGACGAUCCAUUGCUACAGGGUAAUGGUCCCAAUGCAUACAAGCUUGGCCCGAACCCCAAAAUCCGGAACAUGAGCCGGGCAUAUCGGGAAGCCAAGGGAGAUAUCAUUUGGAUCAUUGAUUGCAAUGUCUGGGUUGGCAAGGGAGUGUGUGCCCGCAUGGUGGAUAAACUCUGUGGAUUAGGGACUACUCAGGACAAGAAAUACAAGUUCGUGCACCACCUGCCCGUGGCUGUCGACGUCACUGGCGAAAGCAACCUGCAGGCAGAGCGCCAGGCACUCUUGGAUGACAAUCCUGAUGCUAUCAUCCCCAGGGAGGCAAACCACGCGUUGACAUCCGACCGCCCGGAGGAUAGUCUGGGGAGCAUGCUUGCGCAUGGAGGAGGGCGUCUUGAGGAGCUUUUCCUUUCCUCGUCCCACGCCAAGAUGUACACUGCCAUCAACACGGUUCUCAUUGCUCCUUGCAUUGUGGGCAAAUCCAACAUGUUCCGCCGCUCACAUCUGGACUCUCUCACGGCUCCGCCUCCAAACGAGCCAAACCCACGUCUUCCCGGAAUUGAUUUCUUCUCCGACAACAUCUGCGAGGACCAUUUGAUUGGUGAUCUUCUGUGGAGAAAGAAAGUGCCUGGAGAGAAGGCAUCCCGUGAGCGCUGGGGCAAGCAUGCCAUGGUUUUUGGGGACCUGGCAAUUCAACCCGUGGCCAACAUGAGUGUGCGAGGAUACAUUGCACGUCGUGUCCGAUGGCUUCGCGUUCGCAAGUUUACGGUUCUUCUGGCAACUCUAGUUGAACCCGGCACCGAGUCUUUUGUUUGCUCCAUUUACGGUGCUUGGGGUGUCACAACCGCUUUGGCUCCAUACCUCGAACAGAAAGGCGUGUCCUUCGCCCCGGCUCUCAGUACCUGGACUUCUUUCCUUGCAAUCUUUGCGCUCAGCAUGGCGCUCUGGGUUUUAACCGACUGGACAUUGUACAUCAACCUACAUUCGGCGGAAGCCAUAGAGCUUGACGAAGACACACCUAUCUUUGCACGUCCUACUCGUCGUUCUGCGUCCCACGUUACUCGCCGUCCCUUCCAACAAUGGUUUAUGGCAUGGCUAGGCCGCGAGCUUCUAGCCCUCCCCAUUUGGCUUUCAGCUGUCUAUGGCGGCGUCACAGUCGUAUGGCGAGACCGACGAUUCAAGGUUGGCUUCGAUGCCAAAGUCCAGGAGGUUGAUCCCGAAAAUGCUGAAGGCUCGUACUCCACUGGCUCAGUGGUAGACUGGUUCCCUUUGGCACCGCAAAAGACUAAUGGGAAAUCAGAUUAA